GGACGGACGAUCGAUUCGUUGUGAAGUGACAUUGUAAAAAGAAUCGGUUGUUGUUGUGCGCAAUCGCCGUAAGCAAGUUUCGCGCGAUGCCUGGAUUUCACCGAACCUUCGACGAGCAGCAGAUGGACCAAAGGGACGAGAAACCCAUCGUCGUCGAUGUCAUGCCCCACUAUCAAUUGAGUCCGCCCCACAGUCCACAGUCCGGUAACAUGCCCAAGACUCCAGAGAAAGCCAUGCCAUCGCAGUCGCAAUUGCAGUCGAUGGACCCAAAUAUACGUAGAUACAGGACAGCUUUCACCAGGGAUCAGCUGAAUAGACUCGAAAAGGAAUUCGUAAGGGAGAAUUACGUAUCGAAACACCGAAGAGUCGAACUGUCCGAGCAACUCAACCUCCCAGAAUCCACAAUCAAGGUUUGGUUCCAAAACCGACGCAUGAAGGAUAAACGCCAACGUAUGGCCUUCGUUUGGCCCUAUCCCAUGUACGCCGAUCCAACACUCGCUGGUGCCAUCCUGGCAGCGGCCUCGGCUUCCCUGCCCCCAGCCGCUUAUCACGCAGGUCCGACUCUACCGGGUGGUCACCUGAGCCCGGGUUACAGCGCCGCCGCGGCCUAUUACGCGGCGCGCUACUCUCCCUACGGCACCCACUCGUCCGGGGUCGCGGGCCCUGGCGGCCUUCACCGACCCCACCCUCAGGCCCCGCCCACCUACGCUGCUCAUCCCCACGUGCUACCCGGAGCCCACCAUGGCGCUCCACCGCUCUCAUCACUCCAUCUUUCGGGACUCGGCGUUCCGAGUGCCCCCGCGGGUUACGGGGGCGCGGCACAACUCCCGGUGAGCGGUGCCGCGACACCGGUACACUACAGGCCAGGAUCCAUGCUACCACAGCUCAGCCCCGCGCAUUCCGACGCCUCAUCCAGUGACUGCGACUGCACAACCACUAACAAUAACAGUAACAACGGCGUCGCCGGCGCCGGUGUCGGUAGUAACAGCAGCACCACACAGCAGGAGUCGCGUUACGAGAAGAUGGCGUCCUUGAAGUUGCCGACGGGCCUGGCGCUCGCGGCCGCGGGACUUCAGCCCUCCCAUCUGCACAGCAUACAGAGCGCAUUCGAAAGUAAAAGCGGAGUACUUGCCGGGUACUCUACGGCCAUUAGUCCCACUGGCCAGACGAAUCUCAUCGCCAAGAGCACGAAAAUUGAGGCGCCCAAGCUCUUCCAGCCGUACAAGAACGACAUUAGCGAGAAGGCGUAGGGUUGGUUUAACUAAGUCAUUUGCGCAUCUGGCCUCCUCCGUCGCUGGGUCAUCCAGCUCUAACCUCCGACUUUUGUAAAAGAACGAGAGGCGAGCGAUGAUUUCCUCAUUC